ACCUUAUUGACUUACGUACAAUCUUUUUCCAUUUUCAGAACUGAAAUUGUACAAAAGUGCAUAGUUUCAAUUCCCAAAAUGCAAAGUGGGUAUAUGAAAAUCAGGAAUAUUGUCUGUAAACACUCUUUCCCGAUGUAGAAUAUGCAUAGAAGUAGCUCAAAUGAUCAGUGGAAAUUUUCUUUUUUUCAUGGAAAUGUUUCAGAUACCGAAUUGAAAAGGACCCAAAUCACAAUUUUGUCGGAUUUCAAAUUGGCGAAUGAGUUUUUAGAUUUUCAUCUGAGAAAAAACAGAAUGGAAGACAGUCCAGAACUCAGUACUCCAUUAGUCAACAAGCCGGGGCCCAUGGAAGUGCGUCGUAUGAACCGUAGCAGUUCUGCUAAUUCCAUGAUGGGAGAUUUCUAUUCGAAAUUGCCAGAGAAAGUGAAACAUGCAGUCAAUCUGGAGCGGCCUUUUCAGAUCGGUUUCUCAAAAGUGAAUGGUUUGGUAGAAGGGGAGAAGGAAUACUACGAAAGACAAUUCGCUAUUCUAAGGUCCUUCGAGGAAAUCGAUUCUUUACAAGCAUCAGAUGUCAUCGACGAGGAUCAAGACCGUGAAGAGCAACGCCGCCAUGAAUUUGCAAUGAAGAUCUCAAACUACUCAAAUAUUAUUUUGCUGGCCUUUAAGGUCUUUGCUACAUUCAAGACUGGAUCCUUAGCAAUUGCUGCUUCAACACUAGAUUCCUUUUUAGAUCUCAUGGCGGGCGGUAUCCUUUGGUUCACGCAUUUGUCGAUGAAGGACAUAAAUAUCUACAAAUAUCCGAUCGGCAAGCUGCGUGUACAACCAGUCGGCAUCAUCAUUUUCGCUGCUAUCAUGGCUUCUCUUGGAUUUCAAGUACUGGUCCGAGCAAUAGAGCAACUGAUUGAAGACAGACCUUCUGCCAAGAUGACAAUGGAACAACUGGUGUGGUUAUAUUCAAUCAUGAUCGUGGCUACUGUUGCAAAACUCGCACUUUGGUUCUAUUGCAAAGGCUCGGGAAAUGAGAUCGUCCGUGCCUAUGCAAAGGAUCAUUACUUUGAUGUUGUAACGAACGUUGUGGGCUUAGUCGCUGCCAUUCUCGGUGAUAAAUUCUACUGGUGGAUUGAUCCAGCUGGUGCUAUUAUCCUGGCAGUCUAUACAAUUUUUAAUUGGUCUGGAGCUGUUUUGGAAAAUGCAGCAUCAUUGGUGGGCCAAUCAGCCCCACCUGAAAUGCUUCAGAAACUGACAUACAUCGUCGUAAGGCAUCAUACACGAAUCAAGCAUGUAGACACAGUUCGAGCCUACACCUUUGGUGCUCUUUUUUUCGUCGAGGUGGACAUCGAACUGCCUGAAGAUCUGCCAUUAAAUGAAGCACAUGCCAUUGGAGAGUCUUUGCAGACGAAGAUCGAGAGUCUUCCCGAAGUCGAGCGGGCAUUCGUCCACCUUGAUUUCGAGCGUGAUCACAAGCCAGAACACCACGUUCUUAACAGGCUGCCUGACACUCAGCCUUGAAUCUUGAUGAUGAGCUUUGAGGCCAACUUUCAGUUGUUGUGAUAUUCUCUUAAGCCUUUGGAUCAAUUUUCUUGUAGGAAAAGAACUGGAACAUGUAGAACGAUAUUGGAUUUCACCAGCAAACGAAUCAUAUAUACUUGACUUGAUUGCUUGAGUUGCAAACAGCUGGGCCACACAUUGGUCUGGUCUGAAAACUUUAGCAUAAAGAGGCAAUGAGAAAUGCAAACAAGUGGGCCACA